AUGGAUGACGAAGAGAACCACUAUGUCUCACAGCUCAGGGAAAUCUACAGUAGCUGUGACAGCACAGGCACCGGCUUUCUGGAUAGGGAGGAGCUGACCCAACUCUGCCAGAAGCUUCGCCUGGAAGAGCAGAUGCCGGCCCUCCUACAGACUCUCCUUGGAAAUGACCGCUUUGCCAGGGUUAACUUUGAGGAAUUUAAGGAAGGUUUUGUGGCUGUUUUAUCAUCAAAUGCUCGUGUUGGCCCUUCAGAUGAAGAAGAAAGUAGUUCUUUGGAAACGGCUGCCUCCUGUGCUGUUCCACCAAAGUACGUGAGCGGCUCUAAGUGGUACGGCCGUCGGAGUCAACCCGAGCUGUGGGACUCUGUCACCGAAGCCAAGUGUGGACCAGAACAGCAAGCCAAGGCCAGCCUGAAGAAGCACCUUCGGCGUUCUGCAUCUCUGGAAAGUGUGGAGAGCCUCAAGUCAGAUGAAGAAGCUGAGAGUGCUAAAGAACCUCAGAAUGAAUUAUUUGAAGCACAAGGCCAGCUGCAAAACUGGAGUUCUGAGGUCUUUGGGAUCCCCCAGAAGGCCUGCAAUCCCUCCUUUGACACACCUGAGAGCCAGGUCCGGGUUAUCUGGGAAGAGCUGGGGGUUGGUAGCAGUGGUCAUUUGAAUGAGCAGGAGCUGGCUGUAGUCUGCCAGAGCAUUGGGCUCCAUGGACUUGAGAAAGAGGAACUUGAAGAUCUGUUCAACAAACUGGAUCAAGAUGGAGAUGGAAGAGUGAGUCUUGCAGAAUUCCAGCUUGGCCUGUUCAGUCAUGAGCCCACUUCACUUCUGGAAUCUUCCAUUCCUGUCACACCGAGCAGGCCCUGGUCUCAUUACCAGGCUUCAGAGGAGAAUGGCUGCCACACCACCACCACCACCUCGUCCCUCGUGUCUAUGUGCUCUGGUCUGUGCCUCUUCUCAAGCGUUGAUGACGGCAGUGGCUUCGCCUUUCCUGAGCAGGUCAUCGCUGCAUGGGCCCAGGAAGGGAUUCAAAAUGGCAGGGAGAUUUUGCAGAGCCUGGACUUCAGUGUGGAUGAAAAGGUGAACCUUUUGGAGCUGACCUGGGCCCUUGACAACGAGCUCCUGACGGUUGAUGGGGUCGUCCAGCAGGCAGCCCUGGCCUGCUACCGCCAGGAACUGAGCUACCAUCAAGGGCAAGUGGAACAGCUGCUGCGGGAACGGAACAAAGCAAGGCAGGAUCUAGAGAGAGCUGAGAAAAGGAAUCUAGAGUUUGCGAAAGAAAUGGAUGACUGCCACUCUGCCCUGGAGCAACUCACAGAAAAGAAAAUCAAGCAACUGGAGCAGGGGUACAGGGGAAGGCUGAGCCUCUUGCGGUCUGAGGUGGAGAUGGAACGGGAGCUAUUCUGGGAGCAGGCCCACAGGCAGAGGGCUGGGCUGGAGCAGGAUGUGGUUCGUCUGCGGGCUGAGGAGGCCAGUCUCCGAGAGAAGCUGACCUUGUCCCUGAAGGAAAACAGUCGGUUACAGAAAGAGAUCAUGGAAAUGGUGGAAAAGCUUUCGGAUUCAGAGAAGCUGGUCCUGAAACUGCAAAAUGACCUGGAGUUUGUGCUGAAGGACAAGCUGGAGCCACAGAGCACGGAGCUCCUGGCCCAGGAGGAGCAGUUUACAGCAGUCCUGAAGGAAUACGAGCUCAAGUGCCGCGACCUGCAGGACCGCAAUGAUGAGCUUCAAGCUGAGCUGGAAGGUCUGCAGACGCAGCUGCCUGGGAGUCAGGAGAACCUCACAGGGGACCCAGGCAAACGUGGACGGCGGCUCCCUGGACGUGGACCAGCAGGCAUUUUGUUUGUGGGCGACUCCACUCCAAUGAGUUUAGAGACUGAAAUAAUGAUGGAGCAAGUGAAGGAAUAUUACCAAGACCUCAGAAUCCAGCUGGAGACCAAGGUAAAUUACUAUGAGAGGGAAAUCAAGGUCAUGAAGAGGAACUUCGAGAAGGAUAAAAAGGAGAUGGAGCAGGCACACCAGCGUGCAGUCGGCAUUCUGGAAGACCAGAAAGCAGACCUGGAGGCCCUGUACGCCAAGUCACAGGAGGUCAUCCUGGGCCUGCAGGAGCAGCUGCGGGACUUGGUGCACAGCCCAGAGCCUGCUCAGGCCGGGCUGGCACACUGUUGCGCAAAAGCGCUGUGCGGCCUGGCUCGGCGACUGCAGGAGGAAAUGCACUUGCAACACCAGAGCCAGCUGCAGCAGAUAAGAAUCCAGUUUGACAGGCUUUCUGAAGAAAACAGUCUGUUGAGAAGUGACCUGAGAAGGGUUCAGCUGGAACUAGAUGCUGCAGAGAACACAAAUGACGCACAGAGGAAGGAAAUCGAGGUUUUAAAGAGAGACAAAGAAAAGGCCUGUUUUGAAAUGGAAGAGCUCAAUACACAGAGUCAGAAAUACAAGGAUGAAUUGUCACAGUUCAACUGCAGGGUCCUUCAACUGGAAGCAGAGGCUUCUACCCACCAGGCUGAGAAGGAGAAAAAUCAAGUUGCCAUUCAACUGUUAAUGCAGAGGCUGGAGGAGGCGGGGCUCCAGGAGGAGCAGAAGGAUGACCAAAUCCAAAAACUUGAAGUUGAACUUGAACACAUGAAUCAGGAAUGUCACAGCCUGAGACUGUCAAAGUCACAGCUGACAGAAAGCCUUGGAAAAACUCAAGACCAGUUGUGCAGUGCCCACCUGAGGCUGGAGGAAGCACAGUUGCAGCAUGCACGGAAGGCCCAGUGUCUGCAGGAACAGAUGAGCCAGCUGGUGCCUGAGGCCCAUGUGGCUGAGCUGCAGCACCUACUCAGCCUCCAGAAGGAAGAGACCAGGAAGCAAUUAGACAUGCAGCAGGAAGAACACAAGCAGCAGCUGAAAGCCAGGGAAGAGCAAGUGGAAGAGGCAGAGAUGCGGCUGCAGAAUGUGGAAUGGCUCCUGCGGAAAAAAGUGGAUGAGCUGAGAGAACAAUUUGAAAAGAACACCAAAUCCAAUCUGCUGCUCAAGGAGCUUUAUGUGGAAAACGCUCACCUCAUGAAAGCUCUUCAGGUCACAGAAGAGAAGCAACGAGGUGCCGAGAGGAAAAACCGCAUCUUGGAAGAAAAAGUUCAAGCUCUCAACAAACUCAUCAGUAAGAUUGCCCCAGCAUCCCUCUCUGUGUAAAGACUGAUAGUUUUCCUAGAGCUCAUCUGAGGAACAUCUUUUAAAAUCAAGCCACUCUGAUGCCAUAAUGCUUUAUGGCUCCUUAGCCAUGUACCCUCAGACACAUAAAGACUGGGGCUCCUUAUUCACCCCACAAACAUUUAAUGUUUGCUGCUAUGUGCCAGAUGCUGGGGAAGCAGGCAUAGUACAAUAAACUGUUUUUAUUAGGGG